GGUCCGGGGCUGCGCGCCACUGCGCAAGCUCUCCCCCUGCCCCUCCUCCGCGGUGAUGGCGGCGGCGAUGAUGGCGGCGGAGCAGGAAGCCGCUAAAGGCGGCGGCAGGAACCGCGGCGGCGUUCAGCGCGUGGAGGGGAAGCUGCGCGCCAGCGUCGAGAAGGGCGACUAUUACGAGGCGCACCAGAUGUACCGGACGCUCUUGUUCAGGUAUAUGUCACAAGGAAAACAUGCAGAAGCAAGAGAACUAAUGUAUUCAGGGGCUUUGCUGUUCUUCAGCCAUAACCAGCAAAACAGUGCUGCUGAUCUGUCCAUGCUGGUUUUAGAGUCUUUGGAGAAAUCGGAUGCAAAAGUAGCAGAUGACCUUUUAGAAAACCUGGCUAAAUUGUUCAGCUUAAUGGAUCCAAAUUCUCCUGAAAGAGUGGCUUUUGUGUCCAGAGCACUAAAGUGGUCUAGUGGGGGAUCGGGAAAACUUGGACACCCAAAACUGCACCAGUUGCUAGCAAUUACCCUGUGGAAAGAGCAAAACUACAGUGAAUCUCGGUAUCACUUUUUGCACUCCACAGAUGGUGAAGGAUGUGCAAAUAUGCUAGUAGAAUACUCCUCAUCCAGGGGAUAUCGCAGUGAGGUCGACAUGUUUGUAGCACAGGCAGUACUACAAUUUCUCUGCUUAAAAAAUAAGACCAGCGCAUCAGUUGUUUUUACGACAUACACGCAGAAACAUCCUUCAAUAGAAAAGGGUCCUCCCUUUGUUCAACCACUGCUAAACUUCAUCUGGUUUCUGUUACUGGCAGUUGAUGGAGGAAAACUAACAGUAUUUACAGUAUUAUGUGAACAGUAUCAACCUUCACUGAAGAGAGAUCCCAUGUAUAAUGAGUACCUAGAUAGAAUAGGACAGCUUUUCUUUGGUGUUCCGCCCAAGCAGACAUCGUCCUACGGAGGGUUACUAGGAAAUCUUUUAAACAGUCUGAUGGGAACUGGAGAAGAUGAUGACACAGAAGAUGGUCAGGAAGACAGCAGUCCGAUCGAGCUCGACUGAAUGAUGUUGUCACUGGGUGCCGUGUCACUCUGAUGAUUCGAUGACUCCAAAGACAGUUUUGGAAUUUGAAUCCCGCAAUUGUUUCUUGGCACCUAAAAGGGCUCCUUUGGUCUUUUAGAAAUGGUUGCUGAAAUGUUUAUAAUGUUUGGUCUAUAUUAUUUAUGUAAAAAAAAAAAAGAAAACAACAAAAAGUAGCCAAAUGAACCAAUUGGAGCAAUUGUUAGCAGGCUUCUGAUAACAGCAGCUGGUGACUGAUUAAAAUAUAGUCUUCUACGGUUUCUGAUGCAGUAUUCCCUUUUGCACAGUAAUUCAGUAAAGCAUAAAUAUGGGUCUUGUAUUUCAUGGCCUAUCCACUACCGUCUUUGUUAUGAGAAAGCCUCCUUGACCUCUUGUCAUCUCCAAGGAUGAUCUCAAAAGGAAAGGUGACCAAUUGUAUAAUUUAUGUGUGAGGCUGGUGCCAAAAGUACUGUGAGAUGAGCCAAGGAGCAUAAUUUGAGAUGCACAACCAAGAGACAUUGAUACCAAGAACUCACUUCUACUGCUGUGAGUAACAUGCACGCCGUUCAUACUGCCUUUCACUCUGGCUGACCCCAUGCGUGUAUUUAACCGAUACUUUCCUGAAAAGCACAAGAUUGAAUUGUCCUUUAGUAAAAGCUGAUCAGCUGAAUGUAGGUAAUUGGCUUCCAUGAGGAUCUCUCUUGCCUAGGUACAAAAAUUUGGCAUCUAGAUGCCACCUCUGGCUCAUGGCUCCUUUGGAACAGAUUCUUUUUCAGCCUAAAUUCACAACCAUAUGUAAAGGUGACAGCAUUGUAGUGAAUGAAUUGAUUUGUCACGAGCAAGGUAUGUGUUUGAACUGCAGCUGUAUGUUAAGAAAAGGGAUACUGCAGAGCCUUUGGUUCUUUAUGAUAUAUUUAUUUUUCUUGGGUGAUUCAUUCAUUUAACACUUUCUGUAAGAAAAGAAUAGAUCAAUAAAUAAUGGAGUAAUUUCAGCCCCAGUGGUAGGCAUAGCCAUUCUACAUCUUUUCCUCUUUAAUGCAGCACAGCAGAUGGCAGUACCAUGAACAGAUGAAAUGAUGGGGAAACGCUUUAUUUUUUCAUGAUGAAAAUAAAAAAAAGCUUAGAUUAAUAAACAGCAAUCAUGCAUGGGGGAGGGAUUAAUACAAAUCUAUUGACUGUAUGAAAAAAGAAAAGGCAUUGAAAGGAAGACUUUGUGUUAAUUGUGAGGUCUCAAAUAAACACUUUAUACCAGGA